UGACACCAAUUUGAUAGUUGCUUUUAUUGUGGAAAGUUUCUUAGUUCUUACUACUCUCACAUUAGUGUUAAAAAUCACAAUAAAUUUCCUAAAAGCCUCAUCUUGUUCUGGGAGAGAAUUUGAGGCUCAAUCUUCUCAAGUAUGUUUUACAUGAAAUGUGAUUUGCAGGAAUAUUAAGAUCAUCAUGAAAUUUGAUGAUAGAGCUCCUAUUUACAGUCGAUAAAAAUUGUGCAAAUAUCAUAAUAUUUUCUGCAAAAUUGUUCCUUUACAAAGGGUUUAUUUCCCCCCAUUCUGUGCUUAAAUUAGGUGUUUUUUUUUUUUUUUUUUUGAUGUGGAACGAUGAAAGAUUGCAGACUUAUUUAUUUGGGAUAACUAAACACUUGGGUGGUUUAAACUUUAAAUACUAAUACUGCUAUCAACAUUUUUCUGUGAAAUUUUAUUUCAACUUCUUAGAACUAAAAUAUCUAACUUCCUAUUUGGUUUGUUAAAAUUUACUAGAAACAAUAAAACAUUUCUACUUUUUUUUUUAUAUAUUGGAUGGGAAGGGGAUCGAACCCUAGACCUAAUGUGUAGGUGUGGUAAUGCGUUAUCAGUUCAUUUGGAGGUCAUUACCAAAACGGUCCAUUGAAAUUUUAAAUAAACAGUAAAUUUUAAAUUAUUGCUUUUAUUUUUUAUUUUGUUCACAUCAAACUUAAAUAAAAUAAAAAAAGAAAAAACUAAAGAGGUCAGUCCGAAAUACUGAAGUACCGAACCAGAGUGACAAACUCCACUCCUCAGUCCUCCCUAAAUGCUGCAUUGCAUUCGGUCAUCGUCAAAAAACCCACUCCCGAACCCAAGAGUCUCUUCUCUGAGUCUUUUCCACUCUCCUCCUUCGUUUCCAUCACCACCGAGCGGACCAAAAUGCACCACUCCGAACCCAAACCCGUAUACAGCAACCUUACACUCACUACUGCAACCACUGCUCGUGCAGGUGCGCGUGCAGGAGCAAUACCCAGACCCGGGAUACUAUGCACCUAUUUUCCAGUUCUUGACUGGCCUCCACAAAUACUUGAAAAUAGGCCGUCAAGUUCAUGGCCACAUGGCGCUUCGUGGAUUCCAACCCAACUCCUUCCUUGCGUCAAAGAUGGUUGCUAUGUAUGCCAGUUCUGGUGAUCUCGACUCUGCUGUAGCUAUGUUUGAAAGAAUCCCAAACCCAUCUGUUCUUCUGUGUAAUUCGAUUGUUAGAGCUUAUGCUAAAUACGGGUGUGAUAAUAAAGCUCUUCAUGUUUAUUAUAAAAUGCAUUGUAAUGGACUCAUGGGUGAUAAUUUUACAAUCCCUUUUGUUCUCAAAUCUUGCGCGGACUUGUCAAGUGUUGGGAUGGGGAGAUGUGUUCAUGGGCAGAGCUUGAGAGUUGGGCUGGAGUUUGAUUUAUAUGUUGGCACUUCAUUGAUUGAUAUGUACGUGAAAUGCGGUGAAAUAAGUGAUGCACAUAAGUUGUUUGAUAGAAUGUGUGUGAGGGAUGUUUCGGCUUGGAAUGCUUUGAUUGCUGGAUACAUGAGAGAGGGGAGUAUUUGUGUUGCUGAGGAUUUAUUUCGGAGAAUGGCAUGCAAAAAUAUUGUGUCUUGGACUGCUAUGAUUUCGGGGUAUGCUCAGAACGGGUUUGCUGACCAGGCACUGUGUCUCUUUGAUGAGAUGGUGAAAGACGAUUCAGAGGUUAAGCCGAAUUGGGUCACAAUUAUGAGUGUUCUGCCUGCGUGUGCCCAUUCAGCUGCUCUGGAGCGAGGGAGGCGAGUACAUAAUUUUGCAAGACAAAUUGGUUUGAACUCAAAUUGUCAGGUACAAACAGCUCUUGUUGCAAUGUAUGCUAAGUGUGGAAGCAUGGUUGAUUCGCGUCAUUGCUUUGACAGGAUACCUAAAAGUGAAAGGAAUUUGAUUUCUUGGAAUACUAUGAUAACUGCAUACGCGUCUCAUGGAUGUGGAAUGGAGUCUGUGUCAACUUUUGAGGAAAUGGUUAGAGCUGGUAUUCAACCUGAUGCAGUUACAUUUACUGCAUUGUUAUCUUCCUGUAGCCAUGCAGGUCUUACUGAUGUUGGCUUGAAGUACUUUGAUUGCAUGAGAACGUUGUACUCAGUGGAACCAAGACAUGAGCAUUAUGCUUGUGUUGUCGAUCUUUUGGGUCGUAGUGGCCGUUUAGCCGAAGCAAUGGAGCUAAUCAAUCGAAUGCCGAUGCAAGCUGGACCAAGCAUUUGGGGUGCAUUGUUAUCUGCUUGUCGGAGCCACCGAAAUCUGGAUAUUGCUGAGAUGGCAGCUAAAAAACUAUUUGUUCUUGAACCAGACACUAGUGGAAACUAUGUAAUUCUUUCAAAUAUGUAUGCUGAAGCCGGCAUGUUGGAACAAGUAGACAACAUGAGAGCUCUGCUAAAACGCCACGGUGUGAAAAAGAAUCCUGGAUGCAGUUGGAUUGAGAUCAAUGGGAAAGCCCAUUUCUUUCUUGGUGGUGAUACAUCUCAUCCUCAGGCAGGAGAAAUAUAUAUGUUCUUGGAGGCAUUGCCGGAGAAAAUUAAGUCCGCUGGUUAUGUACCUAAUACUAGUUUUGUGUUUCAUGACGUCAGUGAAGAAGAAAAACAGCACAGCCUCAACACCCACAGUGAAAAGCUGGCCAUUGCCUUCGGGCUGCUUAAUACAGGUCCAGGAGUAGUUCUUCGGGUGACGAAAAACCUUCGAAUAUGUGGAGACUGUCAUUCUGCUACAAAGUUCAUAUCAAAAAUAUAUGAGCGGGAAAUAAUUGUGAGAGAUGUUAAUCGGUUUCAUUGCUUUAAACUUGGGGCAUGUUCUUGUGGCGACUACUGGUGAUUGCAGAUAAGUAUUCUUACCGUAUACAGGUUGAAGUGGUUCCAUUUUUUGUGCUUUUACUUUGAUAUACCCUGUUGCAUGCAAAUAUGCAAUGGAACUUUGGAGAUGCGUGAUGAUAUGAGCUUGCUAUAAAUUUCAUUAAUUUCUGUGGCUGAAUCUUGAAUGAAGUGAUUGGGAGUAUAAUACAGGAGCCAAAAUCUCCUGUGUAGUGGUAGUGUGUGAACGAGCCUUGUUUCUAUAAGUUACUGAAUUGGAGUGAACGGCAGCACUUGAAGGAGCAUUUUCUGGGCAUGGAACAACUAUCAAAUGAGAGAUGUUGUCUUGGCAGUUAGAGCUAUCGACUCGUUAAUUUUUAUUUCUUUCUGAAACAGAAGUGAAAGUUUGAUGAGGAAAAAAAAAAACUCGAUACAAGUUUCCAUGAGCGGUAAUAUACAGACAAUACAAUGCAAGAAAGAAUUGAACUGAUUAA